UCGUUUUGAAUGCGGAGACAGGGAGGCUAGAAGUAUUUUGUAAAAACUGGAUUGUGUUGAUAAAUUUAGAAAGUGUUGGAGACAAAUUGUUGAGUCAGCCUCUCCAAAAUGAGAAAAGUCCAUUUCCACGGGUCAUGGCGUGUUGUUCAACACAAACUUAAGGAUGAAACUGUUUUCGAAGAUUAUGGCAAUUUUGUCAAGAGCUUCAAUCAGUUUAGUAUAGAAGGAUCUUAUGUUGAAUUUGACAAGGAUGGAUUUUGUAAAUGGAUUCCGCAUGCCAAUGCAGAAAAAUAUCCCUUUAUGGAUGCCAAAAUUUUUUCAAUAAACACCAAGAAGGGCUUAUGGAAACUCUGGAUGUUUACUAACAAUGGAAUACCAAUCUCAUUUGAUGUAUCGUUCCAUGGUGAGGAUAUCAUCCUUGCUCAUAAAAUUGGGUAUUGCUUGCGGCUACAAAAGGUGUCCGACAAGAUAUCAUCUGAUGUCGGAUUUACUCUGUUGGAAGCUCUGACGAAUGAAGAAUUCUCGGAUUUAGAAAUCAUUGCAAAAAAUAGGAAAGUUUUCAAAUGCCACCAAUGCAUUCUUGCUUCCGUCUUCCCAUGCCAAAAGUUUGAUUCAGAGAAUAACUUCCUUUGUGGUGUGAGUGAAGAUGGGGUAUAUGCAGCCCUGUAUUAUGCGUACAGCAGAUGUCUGCCGGAAGAUCUAAUGCCAGACAAUGCAAAGGAGCUUUUAAAGGCUGUCCAUAUGAUGGAAUCGACCGAUGUAAUAGUGAAAGAAAUCGAAGAUUUUUUGGCAGAGUCAGACGUAAAACAAGUUCUAGAGGCACUAACAAUGGAUAUUAGCUGUUGCUUUGAGAAGAUUAUUCAACUAUUAGAUGGAGGAAAGCUGUUAAAUGUUCAAGAUAACGCAGCUAAUUUCUUCGCCAAUGAGCCAAAUAGGCUGGUAGCAAUUUUCAAGCAAAUUUUUGAGGAACUGUGCUUGGCUUCUGCCAAGUUCCUUCUAUGGUGUGAUAAAUUUCACCUAAAUCGAGACAAAUUGAGAAAACGAACUCGCCAAGGCCUUUGUAAGAAAUUCGUAAAUAUGAUUUUAGGCCACAUAAAGAUCCUGGAGGCAGAGCAAGAUUACUUACUAGCUGCUCUUGAAUCUUCGUCACCAGAUUCCAUUUCUGCCCUUGGAGAAUACAUCUUACCUCAGGUUGAACAGAUCUUUGGUAUAGCGGACGUUCUUCAACGAACUCUCAAAGAAACAAUUAAAAGUAUAGUGACGGAUAUGGAGGAGUCUAAUGCUAAACUUCGGGAUCAGCAAAAAGGACAUAGUUUCCUGUGGAAGAUGAAAAACAAGAUGUUAAUGAAAGUUUUAAUGACAUUUACUGACAUAAACGAUGACAUGAUGGUCUUCUUUGAUCAAGUCAACGAAUGGAGUGAAACAAUGCAAUCUGCAAGUAAUGCAGAGAAGGCUCUGUACUCAGCUAAGAAAUUGAAGGAAUACCUCAAAGCGGUACUGCGCGACAAAAACAUUUUGAACAUCAUCGUGACAAACGGAAAAAGGAAAAAAAGUUUGGUUUUUCUCCAUAUAGUUGCCUCCCUUGUGGCAUAUGUGCUGGAGAUGGUUAGAAGGCAACGUUCAAGCCUAGGUCCUGUUAUCGAAUUGUUCCCUAAAGAAGUAUUUGGAAAUGUUAUGAAGGAUCUUGGUUUGACUGGCGACCAGCAACAGUUGGAUUGGAGAGAAGAGUCACUUGGUUCUAAAGAGAUUCUUCCACAGCAGUCAGAGGCCUUUAAAAUAAACGAAAAUGGUACAGUUGGUUUUGAAAAGAACACUGCCUUAUCAACCAGCUUGGAAAAUCUCCUUGAAACUUCUGCCUUUGCAGACUUGGUGUUUGUCGUGUCUGGUGAUUCAUCGAACCAUGUUGAUUUGAAUGCUGAACCUAAGAACGUAGACCAGGCUGUUGUGUUCAGAGCUCAUCGUGUUGUUGUUGCUACCAGAUGUAACUGGUUUCGUAUAGCCCUGGGCAGCGGUAUGAAAGAAUCGUCUGAAAGAAAAUUUCAAAUCGAGGGUUGUGACCCGGAGAUUUUUGGGCUGUUUCUACGAUAUUUGUACACGGGACACAUAGCGGAUAUAGAUCAACUUUCUGUGCAGCAAGUAGCAAGCAUUUUAACGCUGGCUGAUCGGUAUGAGGUUGAAGACCUGUUACAGUUAUGCGAAAGGCGGCUAGUUGCAAGCAUAAACGACGAGAAUGUUUUGUUUCUGGUUGCUCUUGCUGAUAGCAUUUCAGCUGUCACUUUGAAGAGUGUGGCUCUUUCGCAUAUAAAGAAAGAAAAACAAAAGAUACUUGGUUCUGAAGACUUUGCAAGUUUGCCUGAAGAUUUAAAGAAUGAAUUACGACAGAUCGAAACCGAUCCAUUGUUUGUAUGAAAUCAAGCUAAACCUGCCGGCAGGAUGAUUCGACAAAUGCCAAGUUUUCUUGCUGCAAUCGAUUCAAUCUUUGCAUCAUGCUAAAUGGAACUGCAAUUGCAACCAGAAAGUGGAUGCCAAAAAGCUUGAAUUUUUAUGAUAAAAUAAAACAAAAGAAUACCA